AUGGCUGCUAUGCGUUUGGCUUCGCGGCGGGUUCCUCUCGCCAGGAAGCUCGUUCCUGCAAUUGAAUCACCUCUUCAGCGCCGUUUUGCCUCGACACAGGCCAAGGAUGCAUUGCCCAACGCCGACCCAUCAGCCAAUUCGGCGACAGCGGCUUUGGUUAACCAACGCGCUCCCUUCAUGGUGCCUACCUACGUCCGUCCGCUUCCCGUGAUGAUGAAGGGACAGGGAUGCUAUCUGUGGGAUAUGGAGAACAGGCGAUAUCUGGACCUGACUGCUGGUAUUGCCGUCAAUUCGCUUGGUCACUGCGACCCAGAGAUUUCGCAGGUCAUCGCUGAGCAGGCUGAGACCCUCAUCCACGCCUCGAACUUGUACCACAAUUACUGGACCGGUGCCCUCAGCGAGCUCUUGAUCCAGACCACUGUCGACUCCGGUGCUAUGCGUGACGCAUCGCAGGUGUUCAUUUCCAACUCGGGAACCGAAGCCAACGAAGCUGCGAUCAAGUUCGCCCGCAAGGUCGGCCGCUCCCUUGAGCCCUCGGGCGAGAAGCAUGAACUCGUUUCUUUCCACAACUCGUUCCAUGGCCGUACCAUGGGCGCUCUGUCCGCAACCCCAAACCCCAAAUACCAGACUCCGUUCGCUCCUAUGAUUCCGGGUUUCAAGUACGGCAAUUAUAAUGAUGUCGCGCAGAUCCAGUCACUUGUUACGGAGAAGACGUGUGGUGUGAUUGUGGAGCCUAUCCAGGGUGAGGGUGGUAUCAACAUGGCUACCCCCGAGUUCCUGAUUGCUUUGCGCAAGCGCUGUGAUGAGGUCGGUGCCGUCCUGAUCUUUGAUGAGAUUCAGUGUGGUCUUUCUCGGACUGGUACUCUCUGGGCUCAUGCCCACCCUUCUUUGGCGCUUGCCUCUGGCCAGGCAGCACAUCCCGACAUCCUCACCUCCGCCAAGGCUCUUGGUAACGGUGUUCCCAUUGGCGCGACCAUCAUCUCUGGCAAGUCGGUUGGCGAGCACAUCAAGACCGGCGACCACGGCACCACUUUUGGUGGUAACCCGUUGGCCUGCCGUGUCGCUCACCACAUCGUCCAGCGCCUCGCAUCUCCGGUGACGCAGAACGCUGUCGAGGUGAGCUCCGCCAAGUUUGUUCUGGGCUUCCAGGAGCUGCAGAACAAGUUCCCCGAGGUCAUCUCGGAAAUCCGCGGUCGGGGUCUCAUCCUUGGUCUCCAGCUCAACAAGGAAUACAGUGCCAAGGCAGGCGAGAUUAUUGGUGCUGCUCGUGAGAGGGGGCUUCUUGUCAUUACUGCUGGUGACGGCUGCUUGCGAUUCGUUCCUCCUCUGAACAUCGGGGAGGAGCAGAUAAAGCAAGGAUUGAAGAUCCUGGGAGAGGCUUUUGAGGCGGUUUUUAAGUCGUAA